AUGCGGGUUCCGCCCGCCAGUGUCCUGGCGACAUGGCCCACUCCUAACUAUGUCGACCCUGUAACUCGUGGCAAUUAUGUGCUUAUCGUGAGCGUCGUCCUCCUCAGCGUGGCAUUCGUUGUGACUUGCCUCCGUCUCUAUACACGUUUGAGAAUAACGUGCACGUUUGGUCUCGAUGACAUUCUCAUUAUCUGGGCCCUAGCUUUUGCCAUCGGAAUGUGCGCUGUCACAAGUAUAGCGACUGAGAACUACGGUUGGACUCGACACAUUUGGGAUAUCCCGGUUUCCUGGUUGCCAACCGUCAACAAGCUCAACCUUGCGUUCCAGAUUCUUUUUUCCUUGUCGUCCAGUAUCACAAAACUCUCUCUAUUAUGGUUCUGCAAGCGUCUACUUGGAGCUGGGAGCAAAGGUCUUUAUUCGUCUUAUAAUAUCGUGCUGAUCAUUGGCAUGGUCAUCGUGGCAAUUUGCUGUCUCCUUUUUCUCUUCAUCUCUAUCUUCCAAUGCUCGCCAAUUCAUGCAUACUGGGACGUGGCACCCACAUACUCCUUUCAUUGUAUCAACGAUGGUGCUGCUGUGUUCUCGGCAAGUGUCGUCAACAUUUUCACUGAUUUCCUUACCACCGUGCUCCCGAUGCCAUUGAUCUGGAACCUGAAACUCCCCACCCGGCAACGAGUUGCCGUAAUUUCGAUCUUUGGGUUGGGUAUUGUGGUCAAUGUUGCCGGCUCGAUCCGGACAGUCUAUGUCUGGAAAAGCAUGGUGGCUUCAUACGAUACCACGUGGGUCGGAUGGCCUGUUCUUCUCGCCGCCUCGAUAGAAAUCAGCAUGGGAUUGAUUUGCGCUUCUGCCCCUGCAUUGAGGCCUCUUGUCACAUUCUUCUUGCCUCGUCUCCUGCAAUCGAGUCGCCAGUACGCCUCCUCUUACGGACUCAAGGGCUUUCCGCGAAAGGGGUGGUCAUCAAGCGGGCCGACCAAAGAUUCGAGGAUUGAGGAUCGGCAAUAUGGCUAUGAAGGCGACACCAACGUUGAUCGCUUUGAAGUUUUGCGUACAGUUGAGAUGGAGACUUGGUCUGAGAUCAAGAAGCCUGGACAUGCUGACAGUAAUCGCUCUCCGUCGAUUUCAAAUCACAUGCGGGUUGCGACACCUACGCAUCAUGUGGAAUUAAAGAACCACGGUGUGGUCUACACGUCGCCUGGUAGUGACAAGUCUACUGCCUCCCUUACUCGGGAUACGAACUCGAACACUGACCGGUCGACGUUCGACGAUAAUAAUUACGUCUAG